AAAUUUUACCUUUUGAUGACUCAGAAUCUAUACUUUCUGAUAGUACAGUGACUGAUGAUGAAAAGAUCAAUGCAUAUGAAUAUCUUUCAAUAGAAAAUAUGUCUCAUUCUAUUGAUAUUACAAAUGAAGAAAUUGUAAUUAAUAUUAUUAAAAAUAAGUUAGAUAAAGAAAUUGAAUCUGAACCAAAAUUGAUAUCAAGUUCAACAAAAGAAAUUUAUAAUAUUCAAAAUAUUGUUCAAUUUGUUAAAUAUAAACAAACUGAUCUUGAAUUAGAUAACAAACAUUUAAAAACAUUAUAUGAAAUUUAG